AUGGAUCAAGUUACAAGCUAUUCACCCUGCUGGAUACGCGGCAGCAAAAUCGAAGAAAUCGUUUGGAUCGGCAAGGACGUGCUCGCCUGGUGUACCGGCGUGUACAUCGUGUUCUUUCACAUCGUCAAGAGGCAGCAAACGCUAUAUUGGUGUUGGAAUGAUGCGACCGGUGAUGGUGCUCGCUGUAUAUCCGGUCACGUGUCCUCGCCGAUUUUCGCCUUCUCCGAGAGAUCGCUGAACCCGCGAAUUCUCGUCCUCGAGUAUCCUUCGAUGAUGAGAAUCUGCGAGUGUGUUGGAGGAUGCGACAGUGGUUACUUAGCGAUUGCGUUCACACCAAACGAUUAUCUCGUGUCGCUGGGCUCUUAUCCGAAUUUCCCGAUGAUUGUAUGGUGCUGGAGAACAGGAGAAAAAAUUGUGAUUAUCGACACACCUAUACGCGACGACAUCGGUCAAAUAAUCAAGAUAACUCAGACGGGAUGCACUAUCAUCGAUUACGAAGUUAAACUGCCGCAAGAAGCUAUGAUUCGCGGGAUCGAUUGGUGUCCGAAUAUGCCGACUAAUCCGCUAUUGGCUAUUACUGAUAUAGACGGUCAUGUAUAUUUGAGCAAUUACGACGGUACCAGUGUCCUUCGUAUCGUAUUUUCGCAACGCUGUGUGAUCUGUAUGAACAUUGAGACACCAGUCGUGUGUUGGUUUCGUGGCGGUAUCAUCCUUAAAACGACUUUCUGUCAGAUCCGCUACUUCAAGAAAAAACCGACGACCAAUGUCUGGCACAAACUAUGGUACAUCAAAUCGAUCAACAAACCUUAUAUUCUGAUCGCGCAUCCCUCUGAAAAUAAACUUUUCUACUACACUCUCGAGGGUUACUUGAUGCAGAUGAUGUUCUCUGAGGGUGAAGGCAUAACGCCAACGAUUCAUACGUACCUAUACCACGGUACUAAACAUCACUUUGUCGAUUUCUUGCAUCCUUGGUGUCAUCAUCUUGCGGCGACAGAUGACCUUAAAGAGUUAAGUAUCUUCGAAAGCUACAGCGGCAGUAAAGUCUCCAAAGUGGAACUUGAUAUAGAAGGCAAUAUAUCGGCUCUAGUUUCGCAUCCGGACAAUCCAUUGAUUGUUGUCGUUAGCGAUCGUGGUGAAAUGACAAUUCUGGGUAUCACUGAUCCGGAGCAACCGAUGAUACUGGCGCACUUUUGUCUCCAGAAGAAACCCUUAAAUUUUAUAAAAUUUUCCCACUCCGGCAAAUUUCUGAUCGUCGCACAGAAGGAGACGGGUAAUUGUUAUUGCGUGAAUCUGCAAAGCGAUGCUCCGUGGGAAGUAAUGGCCCAGCUUCAAGCGAAGGGAGGCUUUGUCGACGUGGUGCUGUAUGAUGAGGCGAGCACAAACCUAAAGGUGCUCGUGCUCCACGCGAUAUUGUUAGAUGUCAAAGGAACAAUGUACGAGUCGUUCUGCUCGGUGGGCCAGCAGCUGCACGUGUACAACAUCGACACUGAUAAACGUCUGGUCAACAAGAUCAUCGACAUUGUAACAUUGCCCACAGUCUUUUACGAGUUGUGUCACGCGCCUGACGAUCCUCAACUGCUAAUAGGUUCACCUUAUUUCGAACGGCAAUUGCAUAUAGUGAGGUUGCAACACUUCAAGUACGCGACCUUGAUGGACGCAGUGGUGACGGGUCAUCAUGUACGACUCGCUCAUGUCGUCGCUGAUCGACGUUGGAUUGUUACGUGCGCUUAUGACGGAUUGGUCAUUAUUCGUGAUGGAACAAUACAGCAAGUCGUUGCCGUGAUACCAAUGCACCAUAGACUCGACUCGGGCAACCGGAAGGCUAUCGUCAGUUCCGACGUACAGGAGAGUACAGAGUCACCGCCCGCGAAUGAAAAAAGCGUCUACUCGGUGGACUAUGAACAGUACGAAAAAAGAAAAGAAAAGAUACUCUCAGAUUAUGCCUCUCUGGAUCCAGCAAUCCGUGCCUCGUUGACCCGAGCCAGAAUAAACUUCCCGGCAAUCGACGAGAAAGGAUUUGAAACCUGGGAAGAAUGGCAGCAGAACAUGCAGCUGCGUGAAGAAACAAGAUUUUACGCUGCGAAGAAGGCCGCCAUUGCGAAGGAUCUGGAAGCUUUGAAGGUCACUAUCAGACAACUCCUCGACGCCAACGAGACCUAUUCAGAGAUAGAGAAAUUACCGGUGUCCGCGUUUGACCUGAACAAAGCAGGCCGUGAUCAGAGAUUAAAAAUGGCCGAAAACGAACGCGAGAAUGUCUGUAUAGAACUCGAGCAUCACUGUGCCUCGAUAGAUCGUGUGGCCAGCUGGAUGAAAGCGACUUUCUGGGAUCCGCAGAUCGUCUUAGGUCGCUCGAUAUUCUCCUUUCGCGAUGACACGGAGGUGACGAAUUAUCCGCUGACCAAGGAAGAUCCAUACUUCAAGGAGCAUCUGCAAUUGGCACAAUUUAGUAGGGAUUCGGUGAGCGAUAUUUAUGACACUUUCCAGACGUGGUACCACUACACGGAGGAGCAACUGCAGGUGGAAUUGAGCAAACCCGUCCGGAUGUAUCGCGAGGAUGAGAAACGCAAAAAAGACUUGGAAGUUGAGAUCGAUCCUGAGGAACUAGCGGAGCUGCGGGCGGUCAAUGGCAUGACAACGCAUCAGUUCGUCGAGCAAUCGUCUUACUAUUACUCGCAGUUGGAAUCUUACGGGUUCACGCACGUAAUGCUGGACAAUCGUUAUCUGAUGCACGAUUAUAAAAAGCUCCUUGACUACUUCAACAAGCUCUUCGACGACAUGUACGCGACGAAAGAGCGGGAAACGAAUGUGAUACGGGAGAGAAACGAACGGAUAUAUUAUAUAGAUUCCGAGCUGAGGAUAAUGUUCGACCAGAGCGUGCCGCAGGUUCCUGUUGAUCCGCAGUGGCAUCCCAAGGAGAAAGUAGAGAGCAUUAUUCAAGUGCUCCAAGAUGAGGUCAAGGCGAAGCCGUACGUGUCGCCAUCGCAACAGGAAAUCCUGGAUAGGCAAGCAGUGGAAGCAGAACGAAUUAGACAGUUGUUAUUGGCCGAUGAUUUUCGCGAGCGCGCCCUGAUUAAGAUGAUGGACGGUGUGUUAGAGAUUCGCUGGGAAGAUACUAUAAAGAUAGACGUGGGCAAGCCUGCGUGCAUGCUGGAAAAACAACCGGAGAAGUACACGCCCGACGACAUCGCGGCCAUAAGGAAGUACGAAGCGGAUGUGGAGAGUCUUCGGCAAGAACGUGAUCGUUACAGAAAGAUACUCGAAGCUGAUUACGCGAAGAUCAAUGGACUUCUGCAGGAAGGCAUCGACAAAUUCGACGCCAAGUUGAAUGAAUUCUUUCAGCUAAAACUAAAAGUCGAUGCAGCGAUAAAUCAAUUGAAGCUACGAAAUAUUCGCGGCCGUAUGCGUAUUCUUGCGCGGAUCGAGGAUGUGAAAGAAGAAGACGGGAUGAAAAAAGAGAUAUCCGAGAAAUGUCAAUACGAAAACACGCUGAAGGAACACGUACAGAAACUGAACGACGUCUAUCAGGAUAUGAUCGCACAAUACGACGCACUCUGCACUUGUGAGAAAGAGAUGAUGAAAAAAUUUCACCAUGAAUUUGCCGCAUUAUCGAAGGUCAAUGUCGAACUUCUCGAACGGCAAUACAAGCGAAGACCGCGAGUAUCCUUGAGGAACGUCGCUGUCAGCGAUCUGCUCAAUCUCGCGAAGUAUCUCGUACAUCAUACUAAGCCGGCUUAUUUUCCAACCGAAUGCGCGGAUUAUUCAAAGAUCCUGGAGAACCUGGACGUGCGACCCAGCGAAUUACCGCAAUCGAUUGAUGCGAGUCACUGGGACCAACUGACGCAAUCGCGUCGUCAAAAGAUUAACGUUGAGCUAAAGAUCAAGGCUCGGCAGCUGGAGAUAACCGCGGUGGAGCGAACGAUUAGCGUGUUCGAAGAUAAGAUCAAUGCAUGUAAAUCGAAUGUGACCCUCCUCAUAGAUCGGUUCAGGACAGCGAGGGAGGAGCGGAUGAUGCGCGAGCAAGACGCGCAGGUGCAGCUGGUGCUGAAGAAAGGCCAAGUGGAGCUCCAACUAUAUGGUGAAUGCCACGACGCGGCGGAUGCUAUUUUGAUACCACGCGAAGAAAUCGAGAAAGUCAAUGAGCACAUCUAUAUUGCGGGUGCACGUAAAAUAGACGUUCUGAAACGUAUAAUCGAUUUCCGCUAUGGGAUGCUGUUGACCGAGUGGGAGCAUCGUUGCCUAAAAACGCGCUUCAAGGAGCUGAAGGAGGAUCUGCAUUCCUUGAAGGACGUCACGGUCACCCGAGAUAUGCACACCUAUUUGAAGAGAAAGGCCAAGGGACUGCGUGACGAUAAAACUGCAGUGCAUCUCGAGAAGGAGAUCGAGACUAUGAAGAAAUCUUUGGACAAAGCUUUGUCCAAAGAGAUGAAUAAAGUCGAGAAACUCCGGCAGAAGAUUGCCCGCGUGAAAAAAAAGAAUACUGAGCUCGAUCGAGUGAUUACUGAGAUGAACGUGGCAAGAUGGGAAUUGGAGUAUCAACGCGACGUCAUCGGGGAGAUAAGGCAACGCGAGCAUACGGACCAAAAGAUACGUCUCUUCAAACAACGAUCCGAUUUGAUCAAGAAGCUCCAGAAAAAUUAUGCUGAGCUUCUGGUGUUGCAGACCGAGCACGAGCUAUUACGAUUGCGAAUGUAUCCCACCUUGGGACCUUUACAGAUGUUGGACGAUAAGGAUAAAAUUUGA